UUCGAGAUAAGUUUAAGGAAUAAGUCCUCACUGGCGUACUUUCUUUUAUGCUACUUUCGGUCGGCUUUGGAAAUGUGUCUUCCAGUUAGUGGCAGGUUUCACGGUAAGCGGCCGUGGAGGUUCCCGUACUCGAAAGUGUAUAAAAUCAUAACUAUGUUCGGAAUCCAAGCUUUUCGCCGGGGUCCCGUUUGUUUUCCCGCUUAGGGAAACUGGGAAAUAUUAUAUUGGUAAAUAUUUUGCAAUAUAUGCUUAAAAUGGAACAUAUCGACUUUUUUUGUAGGCUUCUGUAUAGAUAUUGCGUUUACUUGCUGAAAACGCUGAAACGCUGAAUCAUCAUGUCAUCCUAGCAGUAGCACAAGUAGAAAGCUGUGAAGAAGUGCGGAAUAAAACUAUUCGCAAGAAUCGUGGAUAAAAAGGCGUUGUAGAAAGAAAGCACGCACUACUGUGUCUCAUUAAAGUUUGCAUAUCACGCAGUGGUAAAGGAAAGCUGCUUGCUCCAAUCAAAAUUGACGAACCACUUCCGUUUCUCCGUUAAAAGCAGAACAAUAUGGCAUCCAUAAUCGAAAGCGAGGAAGAACUGGCAUGUUUGAAUAGAGAAGUGGAUGAAGAGCUGGAUCAAGUCGAAAGCACUAUAGUGUGGUUACUGUCGCAGAAUUACCUAAAGUCUACAAUUAAUAGUAUUGUUGCGGUUGACGAUACCAAUAAUUUCCUAGGCGAUGUAGCGCUCUUGAAGACGAUGAACAUGGACACGUCGAUUUCGAAGAGCAACUCGUUUGUGGCAAUGGCUUCGUCCUUAUGGAAAAUGAAUAAUUCGGAAAACAUAAUUAACAUGAGAGAGCAAAUCGCAAACAACGGAAAAGAACAGGAGAAGUUAUUUGUUCAGAUGCAAUCAGGAGAACUCGAGGGCGAAGUGGAACAAUAUCGUGAAAAAAUUCGUGAAAUGCGUUCAAAAAAGCAUUCUAUGCAAACUGAAUUGAAUGAAAAACAGCAGAAUGCCAAUGCGGAGGAACUGUCGAUCUCGGGUGUUAUCGAUAUGUUGAAAGAGAUAAAACGAGACCUUGACACUACCAUUCAAUGUUAUGAACAAGAGCUUCAAAAGGUGGAAAACAUUAUGAAUGAUGUAGCUUACGAUUGUCCCUUGUUUGCCGAUGUAUGUGAGUAGUUGGAUAGAAUUUAUGUUAUUUUACCAUUUUGGUCGAAUAUAAAUAAUAUCGUCCUUUGAAUAUGUGACCUAAAUGGUAAAUAAAAUAUAUCUGUAGCAAUGCUUCCGA